AUCAUCUUCAUCGUCAACUUCUCCUUCUCCUUCUCCUUCUCCUUCUCCUUCUCCUUCUCCGUGUCAUGGAAAUAGAGAUGGAAAAGGGAGUGCAGAGAUGGUUAGUCAACACAUCACAGUGGGAUCCAUCCCCCCAUGACUUCUCCAUCGCCAUGUCUGUUCUACCCCAACAACACCACUCUUCUAUCACAAGGUUUGUGAAAAUUGAAGACCGAAAGAGGGCACUUGUUAGCCGGCUGUUGCAGUAUGCACUUGUACAUCAAGUUAUGGGGAUUCCAUUUGAUGAAAUUAUCAUUAAUCGCACUGCUGAGGGCAAACCUUAUCUGGAAAGCCAUAAGAAGAAUGUGAAAUUUCCAAAUUUCAACUUUAAUGUUUCACAUCAUGGCGACUAUGUAGCUAUAGCUUCUGAACCGAUUUGCCUUGUUGGUUUGGACAUUGUAUCUUGCUUAAUUCCAGUGAAAGAAACAAUUUCUGAGUUCAUUCACAAUUUCUCCUCAUACUUUUCAAGCUCAGAGUGGGAAAAGAUUGUCAAAGCUGGUUCUGAUGAUGAUGUCCUGGAUGUGUUUUUCAGGUAUUGGUGUUUAAAGGAAGCAUUCGUCAAGGCGUUAGGUACAGGAGUUGGGUAUAAAUUAGAUCAUGUGGAGUUUCAUCACAAAAACUGGACCGAUAUAUAUGUCAAAGUAGAUGGAGGUGCGUUAAAGGACUGGAAUUUCUGGCUUUUUGAACUUGAAGGAAAACAUCGGGUUGCCAUUGCUAGGGGUCACCCAAGAAUUGCCACCACAAAUUUCAAGAAAACGCUCAAAUUGACCAACGUUGAUGACGAUCUUUACAACCUAGGUUUUCAUCUUCCGAAUCCGAGGUUUGUUACAAGAACAGUUGAAGAACUUUGUUCCCUUUUCCCGUAGUGCAUCUUCGAUGUGUAACACCAAGUCCAUAAAAAUCGACGCAAAGUAGGUGUAAACAUUAAAUCUUCUCCAAUUGGUAACGCUAAAUUUGUAUCAGGUGAAUCCCACAUUUUAACGGAUAAAAUAUAUAGAUAAAUGAUGUUUCUCAUUACUCGUUACGGCAUAUUCAAAUAUAAGACGAGUGGUAAGCCUUAUUAAUAUGA